CUCCUCAGUACUUGAUGUGUCCCUCAUGUCCCCCAGUGCGACCCUGCCGGGUCCCUUCGGGCGCUGUUCGACGCCAUGUGGGCGGGGCCUAAGUACCUGCUGCUGUUCGGAGGUGUGUGUCCGUCUGUGACGGCGCUCAUCGCUCGCUCUCUGCCGGCUCUCCACCUGCUGCAGGUGUCUUUUGCGGCCUCGUCCCCGAGCCUGUCCAACAGGAAGUGGUACGGGAGCCUGUUCAGCACGCUGCCGUCGGACCGAGCCCUGAACCAGGCCGCGGUCAAGCUGCUGCAGCGCUACAAGUGGACCAGGGUCGGCGUGGCAACGCAGGACGGACCCCGUCUCUCAGAGAUGAAGAAGGAUCUGCUGAGACAGCUGCUGAAGACAGACGUGGAGGUCGUCUCCACCCAGAGUCUCUCAGGAGACGUCUGCAGCAGCCUGGGGAGGCUGAAGGAACGAGACGUCCGGAUCAUCGUGGUCCAGCUGGACGAGGACUCUGCCUUCGAGGUGUUCUGCUGCGUAAGUCGCCUCCGUUGGAAG